AUGUCACUGAUGAAGUUAUUAUUAACCACACACGCCACCAUGUUGGUGUUGUCUCUUGUCAUUCUUCUGUUUUUCAGAGGGACUACUUCUUCUGCUGCUGGCAGCUGUGAAGUGUGCGUGGGUUUUCUCCACAGACUCUAUGACAGCCUGACUUCAGCCCACAAUGAGCUGACCCCUGCUCUGGUGGAGGAGGAGCUGGACCAAGCCUGCGCUGUCGCCCAGGGGAAGGAGGCCAGGCUGUGUUACUACCUUGGAGCCAGCAGUGAUGCAGCGACACGUGUCACGGCAUCAGUGUCACGACCUCUGGCCUCCCACGUCCCCGUGGAGAAGAUCUGUCAGCGCCUCAGCAGCACAGACACACAGAUUUGUCAGCUUAGAUAUGAGUCUCAGCUGAAAGAUCUGAGCAGUGAUGGACUAGGGAAGCUGAGAGUUCUAGAGCUGAGGAACAUCUUAGCGUCCUGGGGAGAAGAGUGUCGAGGUUGCCUGGAGAAACACGAGUUUGUCAGCCUCAUCCAGAGGAAAGCACCGCAGCACAUUCACACUAUGGAGCUAUGAAUCCUAAUCACGCUAUCUACACUUCAAAUAAGGCAUUAGACUUGUGUUAACUUGUCUUAAGUAUUGACGUGCACUGACUUAACUUGACUUGAUGAAUUUGUUUCCCUUUAUCUCAUUAUGAAUCUAACUUAACUGUCCAAUCUCCAUUUUGUUUCUCUGUCUAUUUGUGUUUUGGUUGGUUUAAAAGUUGGCAGGUGUAUUACUUUAGGCUCCCAUACCUUCCUUAAUAACCCCAACCCUGAUCCUAACCGUCAAAGGGGCUGUGCCGUGAAUGUUAGCUACAGGCUGCAGGUGGAUACCUUUGGAAUUACUCACAUCCGGGUCAUUUUAAAUAACUUCAACUUCAUGAUCCAUUCAUUUCCGCUGGGGUGUACACACACCCUACACAGACCCCUUACAGUUUGGAGACGACGAAGAAGACGGUAACAAUGGACACUAGCUUAAAGUCCACUCAUGAGGGCAAACUCCCAGGUACUGGCACUGAACACUGGAUUCAAUUGGAGCUUUUCCAUUAUAUAAUUCCAGCAUGACUUGGCUCGGCUUGACUCAACUCGACUAGUUUUUUUUGUUUUUCCAUGAGGGAUAGUACCUGGUCUGGUUCCAAGCAAGCUCAGAUGAUACUCAAAUAUGACGUCAACAGACUGAUUGACAGUGAGUGUCGUCACUGGAAGUCAGGAGCGCGACGUCUUAGAUCAGUUAAAAAGACAUGCAUUCAUCUCCAACAUUUAGCAAGAACAUUUCUCAAAUCUCAAUAUUUAACAAAGGAGUCUGGUAUAUUUAGCGACAGCCCUGGCAAAAACUGGUGAUUGUGAGCCGAAUCACAACCCGCUCAGCUAUAUUUCAGUCUGCGCUCCGGUCAUGCAGGACGUACUGAAUGAUUCAGUGAAACAAAUCAACUGAUUCUAAUGAUUCAGUGCACGGAAAAUAACUGCUUUGUGUUGCGUAUAAAACGCCGUCACAGCUGUUUCAUGCAGCCGUGCUAUGACGACCACGAGGUGUCAGUCAAGGCGCCUGACACCUCUUCUUGUUCUUAAUGGCUAUUAGGAUGUGAGAAAACAUUGCCAACCUUAGUUCUAUCACAAAAAAGUUGUCAAUUGAUACUUCAAUAGUACAAUGUUAUUGUGAAUUGUUUGUGUGUUGUGUUGUAUGAAUAAAUCUGAACACAAA